AUGCAAAGUCUGUCUUCAUUUUUCCUAUGCCUACACAGAUUGACUUGCACUACAAUGAUCACUCAGGACUCGGUGGGUUUCAUUUUUCGAAGAUAUUGAUUUUAUCGAUCGAUUCCAGUUCUGGGGCAAAUACUACCUGCUGAUCGCUUUCUGUUGUGCUCUCUAUAGUACAUUCGUCCAAGGGUUCCUCGUAUUUCUAGGAUUUCGAUUAGUUGUUUGGGUGCAGAAUAAUCAACUCGUCGGCUUUGGGGUUCAUUUGAACCCAUCAAAUCGGAAAAAAUCGAUAAAUCCUUCAGAAAAACGUCGGGCUACUGUAUACCUCAAAUCUGAUCCACGGGAUUAUCUAUUUUUGUAUGAUAUCUACUGUGGGAAUUUGGACGGUGCUCAAAGUUAGCAAAAAUUUUCACUGUGAGUUUUUUUUUUUCACGUUUCACUUGUUCUGUCGAAUCUAGUUUUUGGCAAAAAAAUCUCGCGUCGAUGGGGAUUGAACCCUUGACCUUUUAGACUAUGAAAUGGCUUGUGAAUAUACGUUGCAAAAACGUCGAGAGGGGUCGAUCCAGCGACCUGUUUGGUGACGUAAUAGCUCUCAACCUCUUGGCCAUGGAUAUUCAUUAAUAUAGUCCGUUUUUCGCGGCUUCUCUGCGCCCUCCUUGUGUCUCUCAUGUUUACAUGCUAUUUUCAUUUUUCUCUGACCUCGCCGGUGAGGGAACAGAGAGCGCAGACAGGCUGACAGCCUUACUAAAAAACGACUGUUUUUCUCUGCGCCCUCUUUAUCUCUCGACGUCCCUCUCAUGUUUACAUGCUAUUUCCAUUUUUCUCUGACCUCGCCGGUGAGGGAACAGAGAGCGCAGACAGGCUGACAGUCUUACUAAAAAACGACUGUUUUUCUCUGCGCCCUCUUUAUCUCUCGACGUCCCUCUCAUGUUUACAUGCUAUUUCCAUUUUUCUCUGACCUCGCCGGUGAGGGAACAGAGAGCGCAGACAGGCUGACAGUCUUACUAAAAAACGACUGUUUUUCUCUGCGCCCUCUUUAUCUCUCGACGUCCCUCUCAUGUUUACAUGCUAUUUCCAUUUUUCUCUGACCUCGCCGGUGAGGGAACAGAGAGCGCAGACACGCGAAAACUGUCAAGUCGCGGCGAAUGGACUAUAAAUGUAUGAUUUCGCAAAAAUUGUAAAAAUGGCGAAAACGAUCUCGGGGAUCGAUCCCUCGACCCUCUGUCCUUUAUCCGACUCUCUUAGCCACUUGACUAUCCGCUCUUUUUUCCAGCCGUCGGCUAUACCAACUCUACAAACGUCACGAAAAAACUGGUAAAAAUCGCCGUGGCCAAUAGUUUUCUAAUCUCUGGGAAUUUGCUCUAUACGGUGAGGGAAUGAAUUUUUCUGACUGCCUGGGCUCUCUUUGUCUCUCAUCAGAGCUAUCGCCUAGAGAGAAGAGAUCGCAGACAGUGAGACAGUCAUUUUUCAGGUUUUCCAUGGGUUGAGCGCUAUAUUUCAUCCAGAUUCGAUCAAUUCUCACAGAUUGGUGAUCCCUUUUGCUUCGGAUAUGGUUAGUUUUUGUUAGAAAAAAAACGUCCGCAUUUUACAGAUUUUUGAAAAUCUUUUUUUUCAAUUUUGAACUAUUUGAAAUAUGCCUUUUGGGAAAAUAAAGUCAUCCAGAAAAAGAAAAACUAAGAAACUAAAAAAAAAUUUCCAAAAACUUGAUUUUUGCGAGCUUUUAUGAAGACUUUCGACAGGUCCUUUAAAAAAUCAACGUUUUUGAAUUUGUAAGAUUAUUUUCAAGGCUCUUGAAACAUUUCUUUUUUUGUUGAAAAAUACAGAAUUUGGUUUUUUUCAUCUUGUAAAAAAAUAGAACAAUUCCAAGAAAAACUGACUUUUCCAAUUUUUUUCUGUUGAGAAAAAAAGACUGAAAAUGCUUGUUUUCUUGAAUUUUUUUCUUACAAUUUUAAAAGUUAAAAGCUUCUCAAAAUCCUAAUCCUUGAUUUUCAAAGUCUACGAAUUGAAAAAAUGUUCAUUUCAGAUCACCCUAACCUUGCCUUUCCUUUAAAAUUCCGGAAAAAAUCUCAAAAAACGGACUUUUCCAACUUUUCUGUUGAAAAAAUGACUGAAAAUGCUUGUUGUCUUGCAUUUUGCAUACCAUUUUUAAAGUUAGAAGCUUCUCGAAGGCCUAAUCUUCACUUUUCGAAACGUCCGCACUUUAAAAAGGUCCACUUCAGAUCACCCUGACCUUGCCUUGCCUUCAAAAUUUCUAAAAAAAAUCUCCAAAAACUGACUUUUCCAACUUUUCUGUUGAAAAAAUGACUGAAAAUGUUUGUUGUCUUGCAUUUUGCAUACCAUUUUUAAAGUUAGAAGCUUCUCGAAAGCUUAAUCUUCACUUUUCGAAACGUCCGCACUUUAAAAAGGUCCAGAUUGCAGAUCACCCUGACGAUGCCUUAUAUCCUACUGGCUUUCGACGAAAAGGUCCAGCAAUGCUUCAGGAUCCGCAAGAAAUACUCGGAAAUCGUCGUUAUUUCUACUUGA